AUGGCUCCUAAAAAGCUUUCCAAGUCGCAAGCCGGAGUCCAACCAGUUCCCGAAAAGCGCGGUUAUGAAUUCGGUGGACCUCUAGGUGCCUUCGGAAUUGUCUUCGGACUGCCAAUUCUCGUUUAUGUCUUCGCCUUCGUCUGCAAUGAUGUGACAGGGUGCCCCGCCCCCUCGCUCCUCAGUCCCUCAACCUUGACCCUCGAUCAAUUGAAACAAGAUGUGGGAUGGCCGGAAGAGGGUAUUACAGGACUCUUUGAUGCGCAAGUGACAUUGUGGACUUUGAGCUACUAUGCCUUCAGCUUGUUCUUGCAGAUCUUCCUGCCUGGCCAAGUUGCGGAAGGCGUUCCCCUGGGCUGCGGGGGCAGACUGAAAUAUAAGUUCAAUGCAUUCCCAUCUGCUCUCAUUAUCCUCACCGGUCUGGCCACUGGUACCUAUAUUUCUGGUGCUGAUUUCGUGGUGUGGACCUUCCUGUGGGGCAACUACAUCCAAGUCAUUACCGCAAACCUCAUCAUCUCUUCGUCAAUCGCACUGUUCGUUUACGCCAAGAGCUUUUCAGUCCCUAGACCUGGCACGGCCAACCCUACCUCCCGAGAGCUAGCCCCUGGCGGCCACACCGACAAUGUCCUCUAUGACUUCUUCAUUGGUCGCGAGCUCAACCCUCGUGUCAAACUGCCUAUUCCAUUUGUCAGUGAGGCAUCGCGCACCAUUGAUAUCAAGGUGUUUAUGGAGAUGCGCCCAGGUCUGCUCGGAUGGACAAUCUUGAACUUGUCCAACGUUGCUCAUCAGUACCGUACCCACGGCUACAUCACCGACUCAAUAAUCCUGGUCACCAUUUUCCAGGGCUUCUACAUCCUAGACGCACUUUACAUGGAGCCUGCGAUCAUGACCACUAUGGAUGUUAUCAUGGAUGGAUUCGGCUUCAUGUUAUCCUUCGGCGAUGUGGUCUGGGUCCCUCAUGUCUACAGCAUCCAAAGCCGCUAUCUUUCCAUCUUCCCUCUCCAGCUGGGUUGGUCAGGCAUCGCUCUUGUUCUAGCUGUUACUGCCAUUGGAUACUCUAUCUUCCGUGGUGCUAACAACCAAAAGAACCGAUUCCGUACUGAUCCCAAUGACCCUCGCGUGAAGCACAUCAAGUUCAUUGAAACCGCCAGUGGGUCUAAGUUGAUGACCUCCGGCUGGUGGGGUAUGGCGCGUCACAUCAACUACCUGGGAGACUGGACUAUGUCUUGGGCGUACUGUCUCCCUACCGGGAUUGCUGGCUAUGCCAUGAUUGAAGCCGUUAACCCGGUCACUGGUGUUCUGCAGAAGCAGGCUGUGCAGACCCCGGAGGUUCGCGGCUGGGGAAUGGUCCUUACGUACUUCUAUAUGCUUUACUUCGGUGUCUUGUUGAUUCAUCGCGAGAUGCGUGACGAGGAGAAGUGCAAGAAGAAGUAUGGCGCCGACUGGGAUCGUUAUACUUCCUUGGUCCGCAGCCGGAUCAUCCCCGGAAUCUACUAG